AUGCCGUGCUUCAAAGGCAUCGCCGUGAGCAUACACACUCCCGAAGGCCCCCUCGCCGAACAUGGUGUCCAGAGUCUGUCGCGCUUUGGUCGCAUCAACACAUACAUCCCAGUCCCUCCGCCUACUAUUCCGCCAAACUCGACAACCGGCCAGCCUCAGCAGUCGACUUUCGCUGUCUCCAUCACUCUUCUGACCUCAGGCUUGAAGGUCCCGUACUCGACUCCCCGCCCAACACCCACCAACCCCAACCCCAAGGGUGUCUAUGUAGGCCCACAAACUGCCGGCAUGACUAGAGGUCUGCCCAGGAAAGAGCCUGCGCCCAUCGACCCCGAAACUGGCAAACCUCAAGUUAUGAUCCCGCCCUAUCAGCCCCGCACUUCAUCACCGAACGAGACCAUCGCAGCAUACAUCUACUUUGACGGCCGACAAAAAGAGGAGGUUGCAACAUUGCUUCGCAAGGGUGAAGAGACUUGGGUCAACUCAAGAUGGGUCAGCAUACCCGACACCGAAGGCGGUGGUCUGGCCGAGCGUGAAUUCCUCUUCCGUGAGGUUGGACUGGAGCGCUGGCUCAACGGACUGGAUCUGACGAGCACUGACAAGGAGGCAAAGGCUGCUUUGAUCGACAAGCGUAGAAAGAAGUUUGAAAAGAUGCGCCAACGCGAGGAGAAAAAGAGAGAGAUCAAGAGAGAAGACAGUGAUGACGAGGAUGAUGAGGGAAAGCCUCGCUACGACCGUAACACUGUCCUGCGUUAUGGUGAAGACAACGGCGCUCCUACAGAAGCUAUCAUGGGAGACGACGAAAUGUCUGACUCAGACUCGGAUUCGGAUAUGCCUGAAAGCGAGGCUGCUGGUCAAAUCAAGAUCGUACUCUUCCGCGUUCUUGCCUCCGGAGAGAUUAAGCGUGGAGAGUACUCGCCUCAAUUCGAUGUCCAUGAUGAUGAAGGCACCGCCAACGACGCUGCAGAAGACGAGGACGUCGACCACACAACAGGCCUCGACAAGCCCAAGACGCUUGAUCCUAAGAGUAUCAGCACACAGACUGUCACUGGCAUUGACCCUCCAGAUAGCCCUUUCGCUACCUUUACCUUCUACUACCGUAGCCCCAAGCAACUUGAGAAGAUGGGUGUCAUCGCACCUAGCCGCAAGGCCUCAUCGACCGUCACGAGAAAGCGUAGCACUGAUUUCUCGAAGCUCGGUCCUCUGAAGAAUCAAGGCACCAAAGGCUUCUCAAGCUAUCGCGAUCCUGCCGCACGCGCCAAUCGCAAGGGCUCAAAGAAUGCCGAUGCUAUGGACAGCGACGAAGAAGACGAGGAGCCUGGUGCUCGUGAUGAAAUGGAUGAUGUCGAUGUCAAGGAUGAAAAUGGCAACCCCUUGAUCUUAACUGAGGAAGAUCGCCUCCGUCAAGAGGAGAUGGCCGAGGGUGUUCGCCAUAUCAAGCUCAAGCGUCAGCACUCCGGCGAGUUCAACAACCCUACUCCUAGCAAAUCUCCCCAUGUCGGCGCCUCUACUGCACACAUCACCGACACUUCCGCUUCUCCCAGCGAUAAGGCUAGCCAUAAGCUCCUCGCCGAACCCACAGACGAGUACUCAGAAAGUCCUCUCAAGAAGCAGCGCCCAAGCCUGGGAGCUGUUGACGCCAGUCCCUUGGGCAAGCCCAGCCUGACAGGCCCCAGCUCGGCGCCCACUACUCACCCUUCCGCUCCCGUUGGUGCCUCACCUCUGUCUGCGAGCACAUCAGCGCCGCAAGUCCACCCAGCCCAGCUACCUCCAUCUGCACAACCCAUCGAUGAAGAUGAAGAGCUUUAG